AUUCUUGUCACGUGUAUUUUGAUUUUCCGGUGGCUGCUGUCCCUCGAAGUAGGGAAGAUCAAGAGGAUGAGCUUCUUCAUCGCGUUAUACGAGACUGCGACCGCGUCGCCACGGCGAACGCGCUGGGCCUCGUUUUUGGUGGGCCUCUGGGGGGCGUUCUGGGUCUUCAUCAUGGAAAAGAGUAGAUCCAGAUCCAAGCGCGGUCCUGUUGUUGUCCCCUCUUCGCUGAAAAAUAUCGUCACUCCGCCCGCAGCAGAAAGCGAGAGGAAUCAGGACGCGGCCCAGUUGCAUCCUAGGUCGAGGAAAAAUGUUCCCGAUGACAAGUGGGCCAGCCCUAACGGCGGGUUUCUCGGAUCGUCGCCGUUCGACGGCGUUGCGGCCCCGUAUACCGACAACGAAAUGCAGGACUGGAAGGUGGGCCAGCGGAAAACGGAAACCAGGAAAGCAGACUCGACGUCGUUUUUAGCGGCCGGUGGCACGAAGAGCAAUUCGAAGGAAAAACGCGUCUCAUCGAGUGCGAGGGUAGCUUCGUCGUCUUCAAUGCGCCGCGGGGAGUUCAGUGGGAUGGGAGGGUAAACGCGUCAAGACUCAGCCUCAUUGACAUUCACUUAGUUUUUGAAAAUUGAGUGAUUCAAGAAUCACAACAACGCAAAUGCAUAUAAGUAUCUGGAAUACGUUUCGCUUUCGUCUAAUGUAUAAUUUGGUCGUAACGUCACGAUCCUAGCAUCGGAAACAGAAAUAAAAGCAAAAAGGACUAAGCCCCAUAGUCAAGACCUUCACCAAAGGUGAUGCUUGAGCGAACGAAUGAAAUGAAGAAUAAAGAUG